GGAAACGAAUCGGAAGAAAUCCGGAGAGGGGGCAGCGCUCGUUUACAUUUUCACCCCAGGGUGCAUUUGCUCUCUCUUUAGGGUUUCUCGCCGUUUGAUAUCGAAAUCAAUAAAGCUAUAUAUAUAUAUAUAUAUAUAUAUAUAUAUAUAUAUACAUAUUUAUUUAUUUAUCAAUAGAGAGGGGAGAGUUUUGGAGAGAAAUAUAUUGUUUAAGAAUAAUUAGGGUUCAAUUUACGUUUCUCUCCGCAACUCUCUCCAGAAAUUAUUUAUUGUGAAGAACAUGGCGGGUUGUUCACGGUCUGAUGAUGUAGACAUGGUCCCAUUAUCGUCGUCCGAACCCCAAAUCGAUCACAGUGGUCCUUCAAAAUUUUGCUAGUGGUAGAAAUGUCUUUUGCUUGUUAGCCCGGAGGGAGAUAUCCCCAAGAACAAAAUGCUCUCGAAGAUGGCAAUGGGGAGAAGCCUCCAAACGCACUACUGAGUCCACUUUUGAGCCGAGAGGGACAGUGAGAGAUGCAAGGCGUGGUCUUUAUUCAUGGUUUUACAUUUUUCAUAUUAUGUCAGGGCCGAGGCAGAGUCAUUUCGGCAUUUAUCAGCCAAAUAUUGCCCCUUGUUGCCUACUCCGAGGUCAACGAUUGCAGCAGCAUUUAGUCCUGAUGGGAAAACACUUGCUUCUACACAUGGUGACCACACUGUGAAGAUAGUUGAUUGCCAAACUGGAAGAUGCUUAAAGGUGUUGAGUGGUCAUCGAAGAACUCCUUGGGUGGUUCGAUUCCACCCAGAGCAUCCAGAAAUACUAGCAAGUGGAAGUUUGGAUCAUGAAGUUCGCUUAUGGGAUGCAAAUACGUCAGAGUGUAUAGGAUCUCGUGAUUUUUACCGUCCUAUAGCUUCCAUUGCUUUUCAUGCCGAAGGAGAAGUUCUUGCUGUUGCUUCAGGGCACAAGUUAUAUAUAUGGCUUUACAAUAGUAAAGGGGAGACUUCAUCACCAACUAUUGUAUUGAAGACAAAGCGUUCACUUCGAGCCGUGCAUUUUCAUCCACAUGGCGCUCCAUUUCUCUUAACUGCUGAGGUCAAUGAUCUCGACUCUUCAGAUUCCUCGUUGAUCCAGGCAACAUCUCCAGGAUGUUUGCGUUACCCACCUCCUUCUGUAUAUGUAGCAAAUGCUGGUUCCGGUUUUCAUCUUGGUUCGGCUGCUGAACUCCCUCUGAUGCCUUUACCUUUGUUGUGCUUACCUUCAUUUGCAAGAGAUGAUUUGAGGACAGAUCUGCAGCCUGCUAAUAGACCUGUUAAUUCAAGUAGCAUACAGGUUGAAUCUUCUGUUACAAAUCAGUUUCAAACAGAUGCAAAUGCAGCGGAGCAGCAUGACCAUAUGAUGUCUUCUAUGGAGAUUUCUCCUGAUAUACCUUCUAAUUCAUGUGCUACUACAGAGGACACUUCAACCAAUUAUCGCACCAUUGGAAUGCAGUGUUCUGUUCGUGACACUGCAAUGGAUGUUAUGGAUACCACUGAAUUGCAACUCCCAGAGGGGCACCUUCAGUGUAUCUCUAAUCUGGAUUCUUCUGGUGGUGGAAAUAGUGCAGAACCAUUAAUUUCUCAAUCUAGUGGAAUUCCUGGACCGAGAUAUUGCCUGCAAGAUAGGGCUUCUGUUGAAAUUAGGCAACAUCAAUUUUUACCUUACAGAGACCCUCCUACAUGUUGGGGACUACCUUUUCUGCAAGGAUGGUUAAUGGGUCAAAGUCAAGCUGGCAUGCCCUCAGCGCUUUCACUCAAUGGUGGCACACAUGAACGUUCAUCUGAAUAUCUUGCUGUGGGAUCUGCAAUGCUAACAUCUGAUUUGCCUACUUGUAACACGGAGACCCCAGUGGCUCCUUUAGCAAUGCCAUCCAGCAUAAACCGAUCCGUGGUUUCAGAAAGAUCUGGCUUGCAGGAUCGUCAUUCACACACCUUGAAUUCUGGUACCGAGUUCAGGCAAGGUGCUGCUUCUAUUAAUACCCCUCAUAAUGCCACCAGUGAUUCUCUUCGUAUCAUUAGUAGGAUUCAAUCUGAAUUUGCUGCCUCAGUGGCUUCCACAGCACCGUCAGAGUUACCUUGUACUGUUAAGCUAAGAAUAUGGAAACACGAUAUAAAAAGCCCUUGUGCUCCACUUGUUGCUGAAAGGUGCCGCCUAACCAUCCCGCAUGCUGUUCUUUGCAGUGAAAUGGGGGCCCAUUUUUCGCCUUGUGGGAGAUUUUUGGUUGCUUGUGUUGCAUGUGUGCUUCCUCAAAUGGAAGCUGAUCCUGGAAUACCAACGCAUUUCCAGGAUGUCACGGCAGCUGCAAGAUCACCUACCCGACACCCAAUCUCUGCACAUAAAGUCAUGUACGAGCUUCGGAUAUAUUCCCUCGAGGAGGCAACCUUUGGAUCCAUUCUUGUAUCGCGGACAAUCAGAGCUGCUCAUUGUUUAACUUCAAUUCAGUUCUCGCCUACCUCUGAGCAUAUAUUGCUUGCCUACGGUCGACGCCAUAGUUCUCUUCUUAGCAUCGUCAUCAAUGGGGAAACAUCGUUACCGAUUUACACAGUUUUGGAGGUAUACCGAGUUUCAGAUAUGGAACUUGUGAGUGUGCUUCCCAGUGUAGAAGAUGAGGUUAAUGUAGCUUGCUUCCAUCCCUUAGCCGGAGGAGGUCUUGUCUAUGGAACCAAGGAGGGUAAGCUUCGGGUACUGCAGUAUGACGGUGCUCAUGGUGUGAAUUCUACUGCACCAAAUUUUUUUCCAAAGGAAAAUAUGGUUGAGGUCCAGACAUAUGCUUUGGAAUGCUAGGCAGUGGUCAUCGUAGUUCACAUAUGAGGUGUGCAGCUCAACUUGACUGGCUAGAGCUUUCUUCUUGGGGGAAAACUUGGAAAGACUGCGUGCACUUUGAAGGGGGAGGAGUGGCAUAUUCUAUCAAUCAAAGGGAACUGAUGGCGUACUUGUUUUGGAGAUGAUCUGGCUCGUGGGAACUGGGGAUCUUUUAUUCCCUUUUCCCUUGUACUUCUGAUGUGUGUGUGUGUGGGUGGGUGUCAACAUGUACAAUAUGAUGGUCCGGAACUAUCUCAAGGCAAGCUUGAAUCUUCUUUUUUGGUUCUCUCCUUUUCUGUUGUUAAUCAAUCAUCUCACGAUUGAAGCAACCAAAACAACAUUGUAUAUUACCAGAGAAAUAGCUCAGCGUUUGGGGCACACCGUGUUGUAAUUCUAAAACAUGAGCUGCUUGCCCACAAUCAGCUGCAAUAUAUAGCCUCUUUUGUUGUCACGAUUUGUUUUAAUUUAUAGGUGAUCUGCAUAAUGAGUAUUUGUAUAGAGUUAAUUUGGCUGUUUAUUUGAUGUUUGAAGUAAAAGAUUUUAGUUUUUUCCUCUCGGAAAGCUGCCAAUACAAAAUGUCCCUACUUUGGCAAAUUUAAAUAGUUCCUAUCGAUUGUAAAGACAAUACUUGUUUGGAUAAAGGUUGUGGUUUGUUUUGUUGGAA